AUGCCAAAGUUGAACCAACCACCCUUUAUCGACUCGGAGUCGCAACGUCCGACGUUUUUCAAGCCCAAUCCGUUUCUCAAUGGGAAAAUCGUGCUCGAGGAGCACGUUGGUACUACUCUCUUCAAUGCGACUACAACUACUCCGUUCAUCGAGGGUAGUGGCGAACUAGGCUACUAUAAAGAAGCCUACGUGAAAGAUGUCGCCCACCGUCUCACGAGCAUUGAUGAUCGGAUCAAGCAUAUGGAUGAGGCUGGAAUUGCCAUUUCUGCAGUGUCUCUGGCUAUGCCUGGAAUCGAAGGUAUAUUCGAUACCGCUUUGGCUGUUGAAAUGGCAAGAAAGGUCAAUGACGACCUUUACCAUCUGUAUCGCACGGGCCCACAUGCCCAUCGUUUUCUCACCUGGGGUACGGUUGCGAUGCAAGAUCCGCACGAAGCUGCGAAGGAAGCAGAGCGGUGUGUCAAAGAUCUGGGAUGUUGUGGAAUUCUGAUCAAUGGUUACUGUAAUAUCGGCAGUGCCAACAAUGUUCAGUAUCUUGAUGAGCCGCAAUGCGAGCCAUUCUGGGCGAAGCUAGCUGAACUUGACGUACCCCUCUACUUGCAUCCUCGAAUCCCUCCACCUGAUCAAGUCCGCGUGUUCAGGGGCUCUGAAUUUCUGGCCGGAAGUCCUUGGGGCUUUGGCCGUGAGACUGCCGAGCAUGCACUCCGUCUGAUGCUCUCAGGCCUUUUCGAUAGGCAUUCCAACCUUCAAAUCGUGCUCGGCCACUGUGGGGAGGGCCUUCCAUUUUCUAUCGCCCGCACCGAUCACCGACUGCGGCAUUUCAAAGAUGGUGUAUCAGGCCCUCACAAACAUAGCCUGUGUCACUACUUUGCCAAGAAUUUCUGGAUCACAACUGCUGGUGUGCAGAAACAGAGCACAUUGGAGGCCACCAUCAAGGAAGUUGGAAUUGACCGGGUCAUCUUCAGUGUCGAUUAUCCAUUUGAAGAUAUGGUGGAAACUUCUCAGUGGUUUGAAGGCCUUGAGAUGGAUGAUUCUACAAGAGCGAAGCUUGCAUUUGGUAAUGCGAAGAAUCUAAUGCGGCUGAAAUAA